ACACUGAAGUUGCACUAGUUGUAGAAUGGUGCAAUUUCAAGUAUCAGCUACAUCUGUGACGUUUGUAUGUCUUUUGCAUUCGCAAUGCUAAAUACAGCUAAUAUUACAACUCAACAAACAGACCGAAUGUUAGGUUAAAGUAGGUGUCUUUUCAAUCUGCUUACGGUGUAACUUCAAGGAUAUGAAUGGCAGGUUGGCCAAUAAUUUUAAUAAUUUGACUCAAAUUGGUUAUAUAUUUCGGAAGUUGAUCGAAGGCAGGCCUAUUUAUCUACGUUGGAGCAGUGUCAAAUCGUUGGUUUUGCAGUAAUCGAAGACGAAUACUUCAUUCAAAUCGAUCGAGUCGUUGCAGCAAGUUCAUGUGUAAAAGUCAACUUGUGGUUUCCUGUUAAUAAUACUUGGUGCAAUAAUUAUUUGUAGGAUAAUUACCUUUAUUCAUCAUUUGUAUCAGAAGUAAUUGAUACUGUAUUAUGUGAAGAUGGAAUUGGCAAAGGAAAUCAUUAAUGGUUUGGCAAAUAUCCAAAACAGCAACAGCUUACCCGAAGAAACGUUUUUACAAUUAUUAGAAAUUAUAGUAUCUUACAUUUGUAAGAAUAUUAAUGACACAAAAAGUAUUGCUACAAUAUAUCCAUCCAAGUCAGAUCUGGUAAAGGCUGCUUUUGCGAAUAUCUCGUGUCUAUUUAUAGAAGCUGCUAGACACGAUUAUGAUGAAGAAAGCUUAAAAACGUUUUUGCAUAAUGAACAUAUCAGUGGGCAACGAAUUGAAAAAUUAUGUAAUAUUUAUAUAAAUAAUAAGCAAGAUAUUCAGAGCCAACUGGAAUUGACAGGAGAUAGUAUACCACAUAUAGUGGACAUAGAUUGGCGUCUACAUCAUUGUGUAAAGUUUAGUACUUGUCGCUCCACCAGUGUGCCAAUUUAUAAUAUGCAAAUGACUACAAAAAAAUGUAAUGAAGUAAAACAUGUAACAUUUACAUGUACUGUACAACAACUGCAAGAACUGGUGUAUAAACUGAAGGAUAUUGUAAGACACAUUGAAAAAAUGUCUAAUGUGUAAAUGUUAAGUGGGUAAUUAUAAUUCACAAUAUACAAACAGCUAAUAUUUUUGUUGUUGCUUUGUUAUAUAUUAAUAUAUACAUAUAUAUGAAGGGUAGUGUGUGUGUUUUAUAUCAAUAAUACACAAUUUUAUACAGGUGCAGUCAAUUAUAUUUUUGCAUCAUUAAUGAAAAGAAUAUCUCCUAAUCCAUUUAGAAUUAUUAUCGUAUUACUUUUAUAUGUGUUUAUACAUGUAUAUGUGUAUGCACACAUACACAUAUAUAAAAACUGAUUAAAAAUACAAUGUAUCUUCCGUUCUGCAGCCCAAUAUUUGUCUAAAAAUUUCUAUUUUUGUUAGACGAAAAAAAUACUAUAUCAUUAUGCCCUUACUAAUUAAAUAUAGAAUUAUAUUAGUAAUUAAUCAUUUUUUCUAUUUCUAUGUAAUAGAUAUAUAUAUUUUUUUUUUAACCAUAAUACACUAUGUACAAAUAAAGUGGGGGAGCAUAUCUUUUACUAAGAAAAACUUA